AAGCAGUCACUAAUUAUCACUUUAAUCUUAUGAGUAACUGCUGCGACACUCAUCCACUUCUUCUCUGCUCCAAAGCGCGCAGCAGCGAGGCAACACCAUGAGCAAUUUCAUGGCAUUAGAGCUCUCAAACUCCAUAACCAAGCCCUCCAUCUUCUUCGACGCCACAACUUUCUUCCCACUCAACGAAAAUCUGCACCCAACAACCCUUCUAAUACCACCCAUAUCCUUUGCCUCUCUUAAGUCCAAGCACAGAAGAAAGACAAGGGCAGCCCAGUCAAGCCCCACUACCAGUCCUCAAGCAAGUAACAUAGCCACUGCCCAAAUGGGAGAGCAAGUAGAGGUUGAAGUUGCUGAGGGUUACACCAUGACUCAAUUUUGUGAUAAGAUAAUUGAUAUUUUCAUGAAUGAGAAGCCCAGGGCAAAGGAAUGGAGGAAGCUUUUGGUAUUUAGGGAGGAUUGGGAGAAAUAUAGGGAAAGCUUUUAUAACCGGUGUAGGACACGGGCAGAUAUGGAGGGUGAUCCAACUAUGAAAGAAAAGUUCACCUCUUUGGGGAGAAAGGUGAAGAAGAUUGAUGAUGAAAUGGAAAGGCACAGUGAACUUCUGAAGGAGAUACAAGACAAUCCAACUGACGUUAAUGCAAUAGUUGCACGGAGACGUAAAGACUUCACAGAGGAAUUCUUUCGCCACCUUAAUCUACUUUCGGAAGUUUAUGAUAGUUUGGAAGAUCGUGAUGCAAUGGCCCGGCUGGGUGCUAGAUGCUUGUCUGCUGUCAGUGCUUAUGAUAACACGCUGGAAUAUGUGGAGACAUUAGAUACUGCUCAGGCCAAAUUUGAUGACAUCCUAAAUUCUCCUUCAGUUGAUGUAGCAUGUGAGAAGAUCAAAAGCCUUGCCAAGGCAAAGGAGCUUGAUUCUUCGUUAGUAUUAUUGAUAAACAGUGCUUGGGCUUCUGCAAAGGAGUCCACAACGAUGAAGAAUGAGGUCAAAGACAUAAUGUAUCAUUUGUACAAAGCCACAAAAAGCAGUCUUCGGAGCAUUGCGCCAAAAGAAAUAAAACUACUCAAGCAUUUGCUGAACAUUACAGAUCCUGAAGAGAGAUUCUCGGCAUUGGCAACAGCUUUCUCCCCUGGUGAUGGACCUGAAGCCAAGGACCCCAAAGCCGUAUACACUACGCCCAAAGAGCUUCACAAGUGGAUUAAGAUCAUGCUUGAUGCAUACCAUCUAAAUGCGGAAGAAACUGACAUUAGGGAAGCCAAGCAGAUGACUCAGCCUGUGGUUAUACAAAGGCUGUUCAUCCUCAAGGAAACUAUUGAAGAGGAAUAUUUGGAACGAAGCACAGAUCAAAAGUCUCAAACAGAGGAUACCAAACCAGAGGAAUUAUGAAGUACUUUAGUGACAGCUUUAUUUCGGGAUGCCAUCUUCAUGUGGGAGAAGAAUCUUAGUUUUACAAAGAAGCUGAGUAGUGAACUAUGGCAUCAUGCCAUCCUUCAUCUUCUUAGUUUGGCUCUGUUUUGACACUUCAGAGGAUGUAAUAGAAAUUUGAGUGCCAUUUCUUUCUUUCUUUAAAA